AUAAAAACAAGAUUUUUUUUUUUUUGUUUUUUGGGCAGCUUAAAAAGAAAUGUUUUGAAUAUGAAUAUGGUACUGCUGUAGCUGUUGUAAUGAGAAACGUUUUUAUUAUUAUUAUUAUUUUUUUUUGGGGGAAAAAGCAAAAUGUUUUGAUUUACUAGUAUAGCAGUACAAGAAGAAAAUAUAAACCCAGAAAAAUUACGAGAAAAUAUUAAUAUAUAUACAUUAUCAAACUACAGUUUCACUCACGCAUAAAUCAGGAUGGUAUUUACUUUGUUUCUUUGUACACGCAUUCUUUCAUGGAGAAUCUGACUUUUCUUCACCUGAAAAAACUGUACGGCGUUUGAUCACUACAAAAAUACACGGCAAAGCCACCGUGCAUAUAAACAACAACCAUUACCGCUGGCGUUUUCUGCAAACAAACGAAAAAUGGCAACCCACAACGACUCCGUUUCUUCUUCUUCUUCUUCUUCUUCUUCUUCUUCUUCUUCUUCUUCUGCAACUCAAGGGGGUGCUUUCAGGCUUCGUUGGGAUGUGUUUUUGAGCUUCAGAGGCGAAGACACCCGCCACAAGAUCACCACAAACAUCUACCAGUCUCUUCUGAAGUAUGGCGUCCGAGUCUUCUUAGACGACGACGGCUUGAAUCGCGGAGACGAAAUCGCUCCGAGUCUACUUGAAGCCAUCGAUGACUCGGCCGCUUCGAUCGUCGUUUUCUCGCCCAGAUACGCCGACUCUCACUGGUGUCUGGAGGAGCUGGCUAAGAUUUGCGAGUGCCGGAGACUGAUCCUUCCGGUUUUCUACGGAGUCAGUCCCUCUGAUGUUCGGCGGCAGAGAGGACCUUACGAAAAGCAUUUCAGAGUUCAUGAAGAAAGGUUCGGAAACGACAGGGUUUUGAGGUGGAGGAAUGCCAUGGCGAAAAUUGGUGGCAUUUCUGGUUUCGAUUUGUGGGUUUUCAGGAGCAGUGAGGAAACAGAAAAGAUUCAAUCCUUAGUCAAAAGGGUCUUGAAGGAAAUAAGCAAUACCCCAAUGGGUGUGGCUGCUUACGCUGUUGGACUUGAUUCCCGUGUUGAGAAGUGCAUGAAAUUGUUAGAUGUUAAAUCAAAUGGCAUUCGAGUUCUGGGAUUGUUUGGUAUAGGUGGGGUUGGCAAGACAACCCUUGCAAAGGCUCUCUUUAAUAAACUUGUAGGUCACUUUGAGUUCCACAGUUUCAUAUCAAGUGUUAGAGAAAAAUCAACGAAGGGAGAUGGUAUUAUGUCUCUUCAAAAUGAGCUUAUUAAUUGUCUUUCCCCUGAUAUGGCUCCUGUAAGUGAGGUCAAUUCUGGUAUUACUGCAAUCAAAGUCGGAUUAAAUAACAAGCGACUUCUUCUUGUUUUAGAUGAUCUUGAUAAUGUAAGCCAAGUAAAUGCUCUGAUUGGGAAAAGACAAUGGUUUUUUGAAGGAAGUCGAAUUAUUAUCACCACAAGAGAUAGAGAGGUGUUUCCUGAUAAUCUUGCUACUGAAUGGUAUGAAGUCACAGAGUUGAAUGAAUCUGAGGCUCUACAACUAUUUAGUUACCAUGCAAUGAGAAGAGAGAAGCCAAUAGAUGAAUUUUCUGAUAUGUCUAAGCAAAUUGUGUCUCUCACAGGAUCAUUACCAUUGGCUGUGGAAGUCUUUGGUUCUUUCCUAUUUGAUAAGAGAAGAAUAGAGGAAUGGGAGGAUGCUCUCAACAAACUGAAGAAGAUUCGUCCACAUAACCUUCAGGAUGUUCUAAAGAUAAGUUAUGAUGGGUUAGAUGAGGAAGACAAGUGUAUAUUUCUGGACAUUGCAUGCCUAUUUGUUCGUAUGGAAAUGAAGAGAGAAUAUGUAAUCGACAUUUUGAAAGGAUGUGGUUAUGAGGCCGAGAUAGCAAUCAUGAACUUCACAGCAAAGUUACUCAUUAAGAUUAAUGAAGAUAACAUUUUGUGCAUGCACGAUCAAAUUAGAGACAUGGGACGACAGAUCGUCAGACAAGAAAAUUUUCUUGAUCCUUGCAUGCGUAGUAGACUGUGGGAUCGUGAUGAAAUUCUGACUGUCUUCCAGGAUGACAAGCGUGGCAAAUAUAUACAAGGGAUUGUCCUAGACAUCAAACGAAAACACAUGGUGAAGGAUCCUAGUGGUGCCAGACUAUCUUGGCAAAACCUCUUAAGAACCCCCAAUUUCACUUCUACCAUUACCUAUUUAAGGGAAAGUUACAAAGAAUACAAGCAAGAACAAGAAAAGAAAAAGAGAGAGGUAUCAAUUAGCUCUAAACCACUUGGAACAAUGCUCCACCUCAGAAUGCUUCAAAUAGAUUAUGUCAACAUUGAAGGGAAGCUGAAAAAUCUACCUGAUGAAUUGAAGUGGCUGCAGUGGAAAGGGUGUCCUUUGAGAUAUCUUCCUUCUAAUUUUUGUCCUCAGGGACUUGCUGUCCUUGAUCUUUCAGACAGCAAAAUAGAAAGAAUUUGGGAUUGGCAUGGUAGCAAGGUGGGUGGUAAGUUGAAGGUAUUGAAUCUUAGCGAAUGCACAAAUCUAGCAGCUAUUCCUAAUUUAUCUGGGAAUAGAACCUUGGAGAAGCUUAUUCUUGAAAAUUGCAAAGGAUUGGUUAAGGUCCAUGAAUCUUUAGGGAAUCUGAAUACAUUGCUUCACUUGAAUUUGAGAGGCUGUUCAAAUCUUGUUAAACUCCCUACUGAUGUCUCUGGCCUAAAACGAAUUGAGAACCUUAUCCUCUCUGGCUGUUCAAAAUUGAAAGAACUGCCAGAAAACAUAGACAGCCUGCAAUGUUUGAAGGAGCUUCUGGUUGAUGAAACUGCAAUAGAAAACCUUCCUGAAUCCAUUUUCCGCCUUACGAAGCUCGAAACACUUGACUUAAAUCGUUGCAGACUUUUGAAAAGACUACCCCAGAGCAUAGGAAAGCUACAUUCUCUGAAAGAACUCUCCCUUAAUAGCACCGGGUUAGAAGAAUUGCCGAAUUCAAUUGGAUCGCUGGCAAGCCUUGAGAAACUUAGCGUGAUGUGGUGUUCAUCAUUGACUGUACUUCCUGAUUCCAUUGGAAAUCUCAAGUCGUUAACGGAGUUGUUUAUUUUGGCCAGUCCAAUUAAAGAAAUACCUUGUGUUGGUUCGUUACCAAAUUUGAAGAACUUAUCAGUAGGAAAGGGACAAGCUUUAACCAAAUUGCCUGAUGAGAUUGGAAGAUUAGAUUCCAUUGUUGUGCUUGAGAUGGUUGAGACAUCAAUUAAAACUCUGCCUGAUCAGAUUGGAGAGUUGAAACUACUUGAGAAACUUGAGAUGAUGAAAUGUAGAUGUCUCAGAUUAUUACCAGAAUCGAUUGGAAGUCUAUCGAGGCUAACUACUUUAGUCUUAUUUGAAGCACAGAUUACUGAGUUGCCUGAAUCGAUUGGGAUGUUAGAAAACCUUGUAAUGCUAAAACUGACCAAUUGUAAAAAGCUCCAUAAGCUUCCGGGUUCAAUAGGAAAAUUAAAGUCCUUGCACCGCCUCUUGAUGGAUAAUACCGGGGUGACAGAAUUACCUGAAAGCUUUGGAAUGCUUUCAAGCUUAAUGACAUUACGUAUGGCAAAGAAGCAUCCUAGUAAUAGCGAGGGUACAGAGGAACCAAUUGGUAGUUCACAAGGGAAAGUUAUGCUCCCAAACUCUUUCUCAAACCUGUCUUUGCUAGAAGAAUUUGAUGCUCGAGGUUGGAAAAUAUGUGGUAAAAUCCCCGAUGAUUUUGAGAAGUUGUCAUCACUAGAGAUUUUGAAACUUGACCGCAAUAAUUUUUGCAGCCUUCCCUCUAGCCUGAGAGGGCUGUCCAUUCUCAAGAUGCUUCUUUUGCCUCAUUGCAAAGAGCUCAAAUGCCUCCCUCCACUUCCCUCAAGUUUGCUAAAGGUGGAUGUUGCAAACUGUAGUUCAUUAGAGUAUAUCUCAGACCUUUCGAACUUGGAGAGCUUGGAGGAACUGAAUGUUACCAAUUGUGAGAAAGUUAAGGAUAUUCCAGGCCUUGAAUGCUUGAACUCCUUGAGAGAGUUAUACAUGAGUUGUUGCAGUUCUUGCUAUUUGGUAAUUAGGAAAAGGCUUGCUAAUGUUCUCUCUGUCUCUUUCUCUCUCUCUCUCUUCAAAAUUUCAUCUAUUAUAAAAAUGAAGAAAUAUUUUAAGUCUUGUUUAAACAUUUCGUUGCAGAGCUCAAUGAGGAAACUACGCAAUUUGAGUAUGCCUGGGAGCAGGAUUCCGGAUUGGUUAUCACAAGAUGUGAUUAGAUUCUCAGAACGCAGAAACCGUGCUGUCAAAGGAGUGAUUAUAGGUGUAGUCAUCUCUCUCAACCAUCAAGUACCAGAUGACUUCAGAGAUCAUCUUCCUGCAGUAGUUGAUAUUCAAAUAGAGAUCCUCAAACUGGAUUAUCCCAUAUUCACUAGAACGUUGGAAUUGAAAGGGAUACCAAGUAGUGAUGAAGAUCAACUACACUUGUGUCGGUAUUCUGUUGUUAAUGAUCCCUUGAUUUCCUUUUUGAAAGAUGGCUAUCACAUACGGGUAACAAGGAAAAAUCCACCGAUUAUGAAGGGAAUUGAGCUGAAAAGAUAUGGGAUUCAUUUGGUUUAUGAAGGUGACGAUGAUUAUGAGGGAGAUGAAGAAUUAUUAAAAGAAAACCAGCAAUCUAUUUCAGAAAAACUGGCAAAUUUUUUCAAGAAUUUAAAAGAAGAUGAACCUGCUUCUGAAUCCAGUAGUAAAAUUGAGAGUGAAGUCCAAGAGAUUGAGAGAACAGAACAAAGAACCUCCUCAGCAGGCAGAGGAUAUUUUGUCUCUGUUUUCAAUGUUCUUCCAUUUAUAUUUAUUUUGUUCGCUUGGUUUUACUUAUCAACUUCAUCACCAUACACUCAUUAGUUAUACAAACUCUCGGUCACAUAUGUUUUCUGUUUAGCAAAUGUGUAAAUAUAUUCCUCAAGAUUGAUCUUUAUUCUAUUUAUUGGUGAAUGUAAAAUAAAACCUCACACAUAAGAAAA